UAGGAAUGGCAAGUGGCAACAACAUAAAGUACUUUGAAGCUUUGAUGAAAUAUGAAAAUAUAAUAAAUAUACGAUAAAUGCAUAUUUUCGCGAUGAAUUCAAAGAUUGUAUUGGAAAAGCUUAUAAAUUUAUAUUGUUUUCGAUUAAAAGCAUAGUGAAGUAAAGUGAAAUUGAAUUAUUUUCAUAACAGAACAGUACGUAAUCAUUACGUUUAUUAAAUUUGUGGAUCAUGCAUGGCUAUAAGUUGACUCCGCGGAAGUGAUAAACUAAUUGUUGAAUUUUAUAGACUUAUGAAAAUUAUUGUUUAAAAGCCAGUGAUUAACCGAUGUUCUAUGUUUAUAACUUGUUAAUGUAGUAAGCAGUGGCGUGUGCAGGAUAGAAAACAGUCCCGGUGCAAAGUGAAAACUGUUUGUAAUUUCAAGCUUUCUUUUUAAAGUUCGAUGUUGUGAUUUGCCAUUUUAGUUCUUAUUGAAUGGGUGUGUUUCAUGUGAUUUAAAUAGUAACAAGAUAUUUGAGUUUCUGAGUGUAAUCAAAAGUGCUUGUUGUUUGUACAAUAUAUUGCAACUUAAAUAGAAAUAAUGUAAGUUAAUAAUAGUUACAGGUGAAAAUUAUUUUUCAAAAUGUUUUCAAAGAAAAAGAAGAAGCCUUUGAUUUCUCCACCGAGCAAUUUUGAGCAUAGAGUGCAUACAGGCUUUGAUAAGAGAGAGGGAAAAUAUGUGGGACUUCCAUUACAAUGGGCAUCUUUAGUUGGCAGCAAUCAGAUUUUGAAAUCAACAAACAGACCUCUUCCUUUAGUUGACCCAUCUGAGAUUACACCAACAGAAAUUUUAGAUUUAAAAACCAUAGUAAGAGGGGAGCAUAGAUCUGCUUCCGUUGCCUCAAUGGUUCGUCCACCAUCGACAAAUCCUAUAGUGAUUAACACUCAACCAAUACAAAAUGGAGUUGUGUUACCAAAAACAUCAAAUGUGGCUAGAUCAAACUCUCUAAGAAGUACAAGUCCUCCACGUAUACGAAGAGAUUUACGGAAUCAAGCAAACGUUCCUCCCGCUGUACCUGAAGAAUCACCACCAGUGCCUCCUGCACCACAGCAAUAUCCUAGUUUUAGACGUGAGCAAAGUAAUUUUGCUUUAAAGAAAUCAAUACCUGAAUCGCCCAUUGAAUGGACGCAGGCGGGGCAAGACGGGUUAGUGAGGGCAGGUACUGAGCCGAAUGACAAUCAGCCAACAACAAUAACAUACCAAAACAUUCAGAAUGCUAAUGUACCAUAUCAACAUAAUCACCCGCCACAAACUCAGCCCACACCACUUGCAAUGCAAGGCCUUAAUGGCAAUAAUAUUAGUAUGGCUGAUACGUAUUCGAUGACACGACACCAACAUGUUAUGCCCCCCGGUGCGCCUUCCCAUUUGCCACUGGCCGCAUCUAAACAUGAGUUGCGUUUAACCCAUGAACAAUUCAGGGCAGCUCUCCGGUUGGUUGUGAGUGAAGGUGACCCGAAGGCAACUUUGGUCGGUUUCAAUAUAGUGGAGAUGCACGCUUCGUACUUAGUAGGCGAUGAGUUGUGGGUAGUUAUGGAAUACAUGGCCGGUGGGUCUCUCACAGACAUCGUGACCCGCUCCAGAAUGGACCCGGAGCAGAUUGCAACAGUCUGCAAACAGUGCCUCAAGGCGUUGGCAUUUCUCCACGGCCAAGGUGUUAUACACAGAGACAUUAAAUCUGAUUCAAUACUACUGACAGCAGAUGGUCGAGUCAAAUUAUCUGAUUUCGGAUUCUGUGCUCAAGUUUCACAAGAGUUGCCAAAACGGAAGUCUUUAGUGGGAACACCAUAUUGGAUGUCUCCAGAAGUUAUAUCAAGACUUCCAUAUGGUCCAGAAGUUGAUGUCUGGUCACUGGGGAUAAUGCUCAUCGAGAUGGUCGAUGGAGAGCCACCAUUCUUUAAUGAACCUCCAUUACAGGCGAUGCGUCGUAUCCGCGACAUGCCCCCGCCGCGGCCGCGUGGUGCGGCUCGCUGUCCGCCCGACCUGCUGCAGCUGGUGGAGUGCGCGCUGGUGCGGGACCCCGCGCAGCGCCAGUCCGCGGCCAGGCUGCUGCAUCACCCCUUCCUGCGGCGAGCCGGCCCGCCCGCCCUGCUCGUCCCUCUCAUGCCACCUCACCACCAGACGGCGACACCCCACCAGUAACAGUAACAAGUAAAAUUAUAAUAUUACACAGAUUAAAUAGGUAUUUGAUAAUGAAAAUUAUUUGGUAUGAACAAUGUAUUCACCCACUGGCAUGUCAUCAUAUUGGUACAGUAUGUAUCAUUGCUUUGUCAACUGCAAUACUCGAAUUCAGUGUUCUUACAUAUCCUUCAUUGGUAGAAAGUUAGUUAAAAACAUCAACAAUCCCAACUAUUACUUGAAACACUUCGGAGAAUGAAAAUCAAAUUUGCACUACAAAAUUUGUCAAUUUAUAAGGUUUUUUUAUCGUGAGAUAAAUCGUAUUUCAUACUAAUAUUAACUUCAUUACUAAAAUAGAUUAUUAAAACAAGUUACAUACAAUGUCAUACACAUUUAUUACUGAAACGGCUUUAAGUCCAUUGGCAUUAUUAGGAAUGUAAAAUUGCUACUUCAGUGUAUGUAAGGUCAAAUGGAAAAAAAAACAACAGAAUUUUUACUACUUACAUGUACUUACCAAGAAAACUUAUUAUUCCAUACAAAUUACACAAACACUUUCAUACAUUCCUCUAAUUUCACUAUUUUAUGUAUUAAUAUUUAGUAUGUUUAUUGUUAUUGAAGAUAUUGUCGUGUUUUUUAUUGCCAUAAAAUUGUUAUUUAUCUAGUAGUUUAAAUGUAACUUAUGCCUUAAAUAGUUUAGAAUAAGACAAUUAACAGUGAUAGAUAACAUUUGGUUCAAAUAUUUUCACCCCGUCCACAGUUUGUUAAAAUGUUAUAAUGUACAAGUUAUAUUUAUGUACUUAAAUUGUUAAUUAAAUUAAUAAAAAGUUGAAUGAUACAUUUAUAUACAAAUAAAAAUAAAAUCUUGCCUUAACCAUGACAGCUUUGAAAAUGCGAAUAUGUUAGAAAAUAGAUUUGAUAUUUACAGCGAUUUUAAUUACAGUAUCAUACUAAGUUUUUAAUGUUGAGUGUAUAUGACAAAAUGCUCGAACCUUUUUUUUUAUUUUAUAGUUUUUGUUAUAAAAAUUUCAGAACAAUUUUGCUGUAUUCAACAAUUAGAUAUCAUAAAUAAUUCUAUGCUAUUUUUAAUGUCACUCGGAUGAAAAUCAAUUAUCUUGAAAAAAAAAUUAUGGGUAAUAAAGAAGGGAGAAAAAAUAGGCUUAAUUAAAAUUAACAUAUCAUUGUAUAGUUUUACAUAUUGUAUCUUUUAAAAUUAUCAUUAUGUUUAAGCCAACUAAUUCCGAUAUAUACAGCUUUAAUAAUUUAUGUACAAAAUUUGAUAUGUUUGGCACAUAAGAGUAGGACAAAAAAAAGAAAAGAAAUCAGGAUUUUUUUUAAUUUUGUUAAACAGCAAAUUAAUGGCUAUGAUUUUAUCUCUUAUAAUGUCUGGUUUAAAAAAAAAACAAUUUGUCUUUAAAAUAAUAGUGCCAGGAUAAGUGCCUAAACAUUAAAAUCAGUAUUAAAUUUUUUAAUCAUGUACUAAUUUAGAGUGCCCUAUUGCAUUUCUUCAAUGUUUUAAAUCGUAAUAUUGCUAUACUUAGAAUAAAGGUUUUCCAUUUUAAACAUUGUAGAUAGCUUUUUACAUCAUCUGCCUUGUUUCACAUUCCAAAAAUUAAUUUCAUUAUUUAAUUUAUAUAUAAAUUAUUUUUAAUAAGACAAAAUCAACUUUACAUUUUUAUUGUCACAAAUAUUUUUUUAAUUCUUUUUUCGACUUGAAAUUAUAAUGGAAUAUUGUUUACAAUACAGAAACGCUAGUUUUUAGGAAGCUUAUGUAUACAUUAACUUUACUAUUUACUUAAGGGUUGUUUUAUAUUCGCCUUAUAUAUCAUUCUAAUGAGCCGUAUUAUAUGUAAGUGUUGGUAAUCAAUUAAUUGCAACUUUUAGAUAUUAAAAUUUUAUGGUACGUAAUUUAUAACUAUAUUUAAUGUACUGAAAUAAACAAAUCUUAAAUUAAAUUACUUACCAAUAUUUAAACUUUAAUCUAUCAAAUAUUAUACCAAAUUAUGAAGUGUAUACUGUAUUUGAGCUUUCAUUGUUAAAAGGUAUCUUUGCAAUUUGGUAAGGUAAUAUUUUGAUGCGGACUCCAUUGGUGUAGUUUUCCCCAGUGAUUUCUAAGGCAGCUAUAUCAUGUGUGAAUAAAAACUUUAAUUAAGUGCCUUAAAUUGUUAUAUAACAUGUUGGUACUGUUUACUUGUUCAAUGUUGCAUAGUAUCAUCACAUAUGGAUUCACGUUUAAUUGCGUCUUAUCAAUGUAAUUUAUUUGUAUCAGUUUUCUUAAGGUUGUAUGCCAAAUAUAUUGUAAUGAAAUCACAUUGUUAAUAAGAAACUGUUAUGAUAUAUAGAUUUGGAA